UACUCUCUCUGCAGCGGCAUUUUAAUAUGUUCAUAUUCGUACCACUCUGCUCAAUUCUGUGUUUUACUUCCAUUCAUUUGCUUGAAUUCUUGCAUUUGUCUUUACAUCUACUCUUCUGCAUCACAUGUGCGGUUCCGUUGUGGUUUUGAUCCUUGGGGUUAUUUAUUUUGCAUCCAAUUCCACACCUGCCUUCCUUGACAACAUUUCAACUCGUUUUACAUACUUAUCUGUUUCCCCUUAACUGCUUAUCAUUCCGGGAAUGUUAAUGUCCAUGUCCUACCCAAAUCUAGGGGUUCGUUAUUGUUUGCUUCUCCUCUUUUCGCUCUUCCUGUAUUUGCCAAUUUUCUGUCAUUCUAUCCUGUUUGCGAUGUCCUUGCACUGUCAUACUUUUGCCUAUCUCGGUGAAACUUUACUUGAAAUUUCAUGCCACUGUUCCUAGCAGCGGUCGGCUUCCAUUCCGACUAGUAUUUUUUUUUUUUUUUUUUUUUUUUGUCAAAAAGAUAACAGAUCAUAUAACUUAGAUUUGUUGCAAAGCUCUUAGAGCAACUGACCUUCUAAAUCUGCUCGAGCAUUCCUUUUGCGACUAGUAUUAAUGUUGUCUAUUUCUCUUUUCAAAACGAAAAGAUGGGGAAUUCGAACUUAAAGAGUUUGGGAUUGUCUCUGCUGGAUUUUAGUUUACUGCCUUUUGUUAAUUACCCCUUUCUUUCCUUUGUCCAGUUAUUCUACUUUUGCUUGGAUUUUAAUCAACUACAUCCUAUUUGUCAUCUUUUACUAAAACUUUGCGUUUUGCUUGACCAGGUAACUCUAAUUGCGUUAUCCCUGACAGAAUUAGCUUUUAAUGAUCUCUGUGUCUAAUUGUGUGUGAAACUUUCCAUGCUGUCAUAUAGACGUUAUCUACUCUGAUAGAUCAUAGAACCACUUUACCUGAUUCUCGCUGGCAAGAUUUUUUGCUGGCAGCGAUUUUGGUGGACACGAGUGUUGAAUGACAAGAUCUGUAACAUAUUGUAGCCAUGGCUGAGAAUGCUGAAAUUGAUGAUCGAGUGGAUUUUGAUGAUGACAACUAUAUUGAAGAAGAAGAUGAUGUUGAGGAACAGAUGGAAGAUGAAGGUGCAGGAGAGGGGGCUGAAGAAAUUGGCGAAGACCAAGAUGAACAACAUGAGGACUUGCAACCUGGGGAUUCUGGGAAAGAGCAGCUAUUCGAAGGCGUCAGGAACGACCUUGGUGCUGAACUUGCAGAAAACGUGGGAAACCCGAAUUCCUCCAAUGAUGUGGUAGAGAAUGAUGAACAUGCUGAACUUCUUAGUCUUCCUCCUCAUGGUUCUGAAGUAUUUAUUGGUGGACUUCCCAGAGAUGUUUCCGAAAUUGACCUCAAGAAUCUUUGUGAAUCCAUUGGUGAAAUUUUUGAGAUAAGAGUAAUGAAAAAUAGGGAUACUGGUGAAAGCAAGGGUUUUGCUUUUGUGGCAUUCAAAACAAAAGAUGUUGCUCAAAAGGCCAUUGAAGUACUACAUAACAAAGAGUUCAAGGGAAGAACCUUAAGGUGUUCACUGUCAGAAACAAAAUACCGAUUGUUCAUUGGCAACAUCCCUAAGGUUUUGACUGAUAAUGACUUCAGAAAAGUCAUUGAUGACACUGGUCCUGGAGCCGAAACGAUUGAGCUUAUAAAGGAUCCACAUAAUCCAAAUCGUAAUCGUGGGUUUGCUUUUGUUGAAUAUUACAAUAAUGCCUGUGCUGAUUAUUCAAGGCAAAAAAUGUCUAAGACUAGUUUUAAGCUAGAGGGCAAUACCCCAACUGUCACCUGGGCUGAUCCAAAGAUCACACCUGAUCAUUCAGCUGCUGCUGCUCAGGUCAAGGCUCUUUAUGUGAAGAACAUACCUGAGAACACCUCUAUUGAACAGUUGAAGGAACUAUUCCAGCAGCAUGGGGAAGUCACUAAAGUCAUUAUGCCGCCUGCCAAAAGUGGAGGCAAACGGGAUUUUGGCUUUGUCCAUUAUGCAGAGAGGUCAAGUGCUUUGAAGGCAAUCAAAGAAACAGAAAAAUAUGAUAUUAAUGGCCAAGUAUUGGAAGUGGUCCUUGCAAAGCCUCAGAGCGAAAAGAAGUUUGAUGUGGCUCAUCAUUCUCCCAGUUCUGCACCUCUUCCUAAUUUUAUCCCUCCUUCUGGGUAUGGUGGUUUUCCCAUGAAUCCAUUUGGCCAAGUAGCUCCUGGAUAUGGUGCAGUGGCUGGAUUUCAGCAGCAGCCUAUGAUUUAUGGAAGGGGUCCAAUGCCGGCAGGGAUGCAGAUGGUGCCAAUGGUUCUCCCAGAUGGGCAAAUUGGCUAUGUUCUCAGUCAGCAGCCCGGCAUACAGAUGCCGCCAGUCCGACCUCGUAGGAAUGAUAGGGGCAAUGGCGCUGGCCGAGGAGGAACAAGUGCCAGCAGUGAUGACACUGGGCGCAACAGGCGGUAUCGGCCAUACUAGGAGACCAUUGAUGUGAUGUACUGGACUCAGAUUGUUAGUUAUGCCUAGCUACACCUAAAAUUUAGUCUGCUCGUCUUACUGGCUAUCCGGAGCAUAUAAGAGAGGGAAUCAGAUUAGAAGAAAUGGCCAGCAACGUGGUUAGCAGGGGGGGCUGUAAUUCAUCCCGGGCUGUUGAUGGCGUUAGGACCUACCCUUGAUUUUUCACAUUGCUUGUUUUUUUUUUUGUUAUUUUUUUCCCCUAUCAUGUGAUCCAAAGAAAGGAAAAAAAAGGGAACACUAAAAACGAAGGUCAUGGUGUGGCGAGAGUGUAGGCUUCGUACAAGCAACCUCCCAAGCUUCUCGAGUGUCGAAAACAAUUUCUUCUUUUGAAGAAACAAUGUGGAUGCGAAUGCCUUUUAAAACAUUAA